CCUUUGUUUCUUAUUGUAUAACACAAAGGUGGUCUCGUUUUAUUAUCUAAACCGACAGAGCAGAUUCUGAGCAAAUGCUUCAUCCUUAUCCUUCACAUAAUUCGGUUUAAGAAAUAUCACUUGUCUGUUCGUUUAACUAGAUGGCAGUCAAGUAACCAAUUCUGUUCAGCAGCUAGGACCAUCCAUCAUGUUAUGCUGCAAAUCUUUGGGCAUCCAAGCAUUUGGUAUCAUUUUCAAGAUCUCCUUGGUGAUCUUAUUAUCAGGGUAACCUUUUCACGAUACUACACAAGCAACCUGAUGAGGGGCAUGCUGAGAGCAAGGAUGAUGGUAUAGAAACCAGAAUGUAUUUCCUGAAUUGCUUAUGCCUUCUUCUGGGGCGUUUUGAUGGGAAAAAAUUUGAAGGCAUAGUGGCAGAAUAUGGAAAGCAGAUGUUACAUCUCCUUUUAUCAGAGCUUCACUGCAAUGAUGACAAUGUAAUCGAUGGGGUUGUGAGUAUAUUCAAGGCUGUCAUUUUUAAUCCAAAACAUUCGUCUGGAAGCAGUGUAACUGACACCAAGCAGAUGGAUGCUGUGGUACUGUUGCUGCUUCACCUUCUUGAUGAGAGAGAUGGUGCAGCUAGAGCCGUUGUUAUGCUCAUAGCAGAAUACUAUUCCAUAACUGCUGAUGGUCACUGUCUUGAAGAAGUUAUUAAACUCCUUGCUUCUGGAAAUGCUAUUCAGAGAAGGAACGUGUUUGAUGUUAUAUCUGAACUAAUUCACAUAUUGACAGAUGCAGCACAUAUAGUUUCUCAUUCUACCUGGCAAAAUAUAGCAAAUAAUUUACUUUUGUGCCUUGGAGAUGAAGAAACUGCAAUCUGGGAACAAGCAUCCAAUUUGCUUCCUCUGAUUGACCCAUCGUUUGUGUUGCCUGCAUUAGUUCGUCUUGUUUGCUCGUCAGAUGAAAAGAUACAACCGGCAGCUGCUGAAGCCUUUGUCAGAGUGCUCAAGCAUCAUAAUCAGAAACCUGAAGUUGCGUUCAGGCUGCUUGACAGUCUUAGCAACCUAAGUCAGGGUCUAGCUGAUGCAGAAACUGGAGCACAUACAGUGGAAGGAUCAAAAUUGGACUGUGAUAGGGUGCUCAGACUGAUCUUGGAGUGGUUUAAAACUGUUCAAGACUGGAACAUCUUGAUUGGACCCCUGAUUGACAACAUGCUUGCAGAGCCAUCAAAUGCUAAUAUUGUCUGGCUUCUGAGUCACAUAAAUGCGCAGUUAGCAGAAGCUGCUGAUGUAGUCCUUCAUCGAGUUUUGUUGCUGAUGAAAGGACAGAAAGACAUGAUUGAUGAAGCUUUCUUCUCUUGAUGGGAGACAAGAACCCGUAGAAGUGAUGACUCCAUGACACUGCAGCAAUCUUUGUUUGAGCGACGUUGUCCAUUACUCGUAAUUAGGCUGCUUCUGUUGAGAGUAUUUAAUGAUCUAAAUUCCUCUGUCAUGUAUGGUCGACUUCAUAAUCAGGGUAUUAUGCAUGGUAUGAUUUGUAAUUGCUGUUAGCUCAUCCUUUUUUCUCUUCCUAUGACAAUCUAAGUGUUAUAUUCAACAUUUUUUUAUGGAAUGAAGAUCUGAUUGACUCAA